UGGACACAUACAUUCAGCAGCAGUGUAUUUUGUGCAACAAAAGGAGGAAAAUAAUUAAGAAACUGAUAAAAUUUAAUCGUUUUUCACGAACAAAAUGUUAAAGUUGAUUAUUUUAAUGAAUUAGUUUCGAGAUACGCCAUGGCUUUUUUAGAGUGGCGUCGAUUCACUUUCUUUGAUACUCACAAGAAUGUAGACAACGGCAAGAUUGCAGAAUGUCUUCAGGACACUCACGUAACAGUCUCCACGAGUGGCAAUGGUCACGUAAUUCUGUGCGAUGUGACGGGCUGGGCACACCUCAUCACCAGGUCUUGGGAGGUGACUUCGUUCAAGGCCUACGAGCUCACCGUCAGCCUUGCUCAGCAGCUGCCUCAUGACCCGUACUUGGUGACUAUUGGUGAUGACGAGUCCGGUGUGAACCCCCUAAUCAAAGUGUGGGACUGGUCCCGCAGCGACCGGCACGGGAACCCCACAUGCGUUCGAGUAUCGCGAGCGGUACCCUCGCAUAUGAGGCCCACACCGGCCACUGCCUUGCAAGUGCAUGACAAUAAGAACCUGCUUGCCGUUGGAUUCCAAGAUGGUUCGGUGUCGCUAUUCCGCGGCGACAUCGCGCGGCAACGCAGCGGGAAAAUGAAGACGUUACCAGACUCCGGCACCAGUCCCAUUACUGGACUAGCUUUCAAGGGAGCAGACAAGUUGUUCGUGGUAUCCCGCGCAUGCAUCAUGCUUUACUGGUUGAACUCUGAGCGCUGCGUAACUCUGGACGCCAAAGGCGCGGCACCAGGCUGCUGCGUGCUUGCCGACAAGCACCGCCUCACCGUAGCUAUUGACGAUGCCAUAUACUGCUACACGACCGAAGGCCGCGGGCCGUGCUACGCUCUUGAAGGCGAAAAAGUGCGGCUCAACUGGUUCCGAUCAUACCUGGUCAUCACCACCAACGAACCAGCUCCUAAAACCGCUGCAUCCACCAGCACUGCACCCGCCCCUAAAUCCCACCACAUAACUAUCUUAGACAUCCAGAACAAAUUCAUCGUCUUCUCCAAAACAUUUGAAGCUAUCGACGUGGUCAUCACCGAAUGGGGAUCCUUUUACCUUCUCACGAAGAAUAAAGAGCUGAUAUACUUGGACGAAAAGGACCUACAAUCGAAGCUGUCGCUGCUAUUCAAAAAGAACCUCUACGACGUGGCGAUAAGGAUAGCGAGCAGUCAGCAUUACGAUGUGGAGGGACUGACUGAGAUAUACAAGCAGUAUGGAGACCAUUUGUAUAGUAAGGGCGACCUAAAAGGCGCGAUCGACCAGUACGUCAAAACGAUCGGUUGGCUCGAAACCUCCUACGUCAUCCGCAAGUAUUUAGAAUCCCGGCACUUAGAACCCUUAGUUCUAUACCUUGAGGAACUCCACAAGAAAGGCUACGCCACUGAAGACCAUACUACAUUGUUGCUGACCUGUUAUGUGAAAAUAGACCAGCACGAUCAGCAAGGGAAGCUGAAGGAGUUCAUCAAUUCGAAGGACAAGGCGAUUGAUUUUGAUGUGGACGUCGCUAUAAAGGUAGUCCGUCAAGUAAGCGUAGACGACGCGUUAUCCUUAGCAGCGGUACACAAACGCCACGACUGGUACCUCAAGAUGGUUCUAGAAGACAAGAAGGACUACAAACGCGCGUUGGACUACAUGCACGACUUGGAGUUUGACGACGCGGACUUGUAUAUGAGGAGGCACGGGCAUUUGUUGAUACAGCAUGAGCCGGAGGAGAGCACUAAGUUCUUGAAAUCGCUCUGCACAGACUACAGGCCGCGUAACAAGCCUCUAGUCGACGAAAGCACCCUCCAGGGCCGCACUCGCCCGGCCGAGCGCGCGCUGCCCGACGACUACAUACACAUGUUCCUCAGCAACUCCGAGCGGCUCAUAGAGUUCCUCGAGCAUAUGACCGCGGCUCAAUUUGAGUGCUCGAAAUUAGUCUACAACGCGCUCAUAGAACAUUACAUUCAUGUGUGGGCAAAAUCCGAAGCGACCGAGAAGUUGCAAUACGAAGCGAAGGUGAUGAAGGUGCUCAAGGACCCCGAAGCGAACUACGACAAGGAUCAGACGCUCGUCAUCUGCCAGAUGCUCAACUUCAAGGCCGGCAUACUCUAUCUGUACGAGGAGAGCAAGCUAUGGCGGGCGCAGGUGUCUUUGCAUAUGCGUUCCGGCGACGCGGAAGGGGCGCUUGCGGUGUGUCGACGACGCGGCGCCGUGUGCCCUCGGCUUUGGCUCGACGUACUGUGGUGGCCGCCGCCCGCCGCUUGUUUGCCCGAGCUGUUAAGAGUCAUUGAUAGUGAGAAAUUGUUGUCGCCUAUUCUAGUCAUCGAUUGCCUAGCGAGUACACCCACGUACACCCUAGGAGAUGUUCGAAAGUAUUUAAUGAACGUCCUCAAAAACGAGAGUGACGUCAUAUCCCGCGAGCAAGAACUGGCCGAGAAGUACCGCAGCGAGAGCGAGAAGAUGAAGGCUCAAAUACAGAAGAUACAGAACGAGCCGGUUACGUUCCAAAGCUCGCGCUGCGCCGCCUGCAACCGACCGCUUGAACUGCCUUCUGUGCACUUCUUGUGUCAGCAUUCCUUCCAUCAGCACUGCUUCCAAUCGUACUCGGAGUCGGAAGCGGAGUGCCCGGCGUGCUCGCCCGCACGACGCGCGCCGCCCGCGCCACACGGCGCCGAAACGCUGCACGCGAGACUACACAACGAGCACGAGCCGUGAGUACACAGUAUUAAAGGCCGGUCGAUCUAUU